UUUGGCAGUUAGUUUGUAAACCAAAAAUAUUGUACAGAGCCAUACAACGGUCGAUGGAAUACAUUCACUGGAUGUAUAUAAUAUAUGGUUGGCAAGGAUUUUCGAAUAUUCUUCCCCACGCCUCACGUCUGCUUCUUAGCGAGGAUCCGUUGAAAAAGCUACCGGCUACAAGGGUUUACAGGAGCGACGUAACAAGUUCACGUUGUAGUAAAAAAGGAAAGUUAACGUUACGUACGUAGUAUGUAUGAGAUCUAAGCAUUUAAGAAUGUAAACACCGGUUCAGUUUCGGUUUAUACUAGAAAAUCGAAAACGGUUAAGGGAAGAUUAUAUAAAACCAGCUUGGCAGUUACGCAAUUCCAGCUCUUGUUUUAGCUGGCCAUUUUAUUUAUUCCCGUUCCUCUCCCCUUAAGAAACGGACUCGUAACUUGGAGAAAGGCAAAGGCAUCGUUCAUCUUUCCAGAGAGAGAAAGGUUUAGGGUUAGGGUUGCAGAGAAGCAGGGGAAGGAGGAUUCUAAGAAUCGAACCGACUCUGUAUUCGCUCUGUCCCUCCCUUUCUUUUAAAUCUUCUCGAUAAAAAAACAAUGGGGCUUCAAUCUUUUCCUAUCUCUGAAAUGGACACGACCGACGAUAUGCACGAAGCCAUGUUCGCGAAGAGAGGUUGUUGUUUCCUCCUCCCAUGUCUCGGAUCAUCUCAGCCGUCCGGUCCAGGUGGUAACGUAUGGUGGCAACGAAUCAGAACGGUGGAUAAGUUGGAGCCCGACGAGCGUUGGUGGAUCUCCGGGUGGAACAAGAUGAGGGAGUGGUCUGAAAUCUUGGCUGGCCCCAGGUGGAAGACCUUCAUCCGCCGCGUUGGCCGGAGUCACUUCUGCGGCUGCGGAGGGGACGGCUGUAGUAGUAGGCCGGAUCAGGUUGGUUUCCGGUACGAUACGUCGAGUUACUCGUUGAAUUUUGACGAUGGUAAACAGAUGGGACAUUUCGAAGAUGAGUUUCCUUACCGUGAUUACUCGAUGAGGUUCACCGCACCGUUGUCUCUGCCGGUCUCCACCAAAUGCUCCAUUGAUCUCGACAACGAUAACUACGCGCCUCCGAUGAUUAAGUAAAGGCCACACGUUUUUGUUUUUGUGGGUUGUCUUCUAACGUGCACCUAUGAAAGGUAUCGGAUUUUAUGAAGAAUUAUUAUUUUAUACAUUUUUGUUUUCUUUUCAGAUUUUGUAAUAUCAUUUCACUUUGAGUGCACUCAUUUUUUAGAUGAUAAUAUGUUCUCAUUUCUCAAAGAAGUGAUUUCCUUGCA